UUCCUUUUCCGUAUCCUCCUCUCUCCCCUUACCACCCCCGCCAUACUAUUUCCCACUUCUAUUCUAUUUUAAGCCAUUCCCUUCUUUGCUUCCUUCUCCACCAUCCACUCUCUUAUUCUCUGCUCUCUCUGUAACUCUCUUUUAAAACCCAUCUCUUACUGAGCUCUCUUUCAUUUGUCUAUUACGAUUUAUACGAUCGUCUUCUUCUGAUUGUUCUUAAUCUGGGUGUGUUCAAGAUUCCUUAAUCAAGGAGAUUGAAAUGAUGCAUGAAAAUUCAGUUCUUGAUCCGGGUGGGGAAAUGGAAGUAAGUUUUGGAUAUCAAUGCAAUACAACUGAAGGAUAUGAUAUCCCUACCGGAAAGAAACUCCAAAGAAACAAUAGUUCUUUCUCUUGCCUCUCUGGGGCUGCCAUAAGUGCCAAUGCCACAUUAGCCAACACCAAUAUCUGCAAUGGGCUAAUUAGCUCCGAAAUUCUUCCAUCAAUAGACUCUCCCAAAUCAUUUCGAAGGAUACCCUCCUCGCCUUCCUUCUCAAAGUUAGACUUAUUAUCUUCUUCUUUCCAAAGUAGCAUGUCCAACUUGAGUUGUAGCCCUUCUACCCCCGAGACACUUGAUUUCGAUUCUUUCUUGUCGAAAUCCUUGAGUGCACCCUCAAGAAACGAAGAUUUCCUUAAUGCUAUUGAAGUACAAGUGGCUGGUGGCGCCGCUGGUGAAGACAGAGUUCAGGCGGUUUGUUCUGAGGAAAAUGGUUGGCUUUUCUGCGCAAUCUAUGACGGAUUUAAUGGACGAGAUGCAGCCGACUUUCUAGCUGGAACGUUUUAUGAAACAAUCAGGUAUAAUCUGAAUUCGUUAGACAUGGAAUUUGACUCCUUUAAACCCGAUGAUUAUUUUCUUGGAGAUGGUAAUAUGGGGAGUGAGAAGCGAUCUCUUUCGCCUAAAACCCGAGUGCUUGAUAGCUUGCAGCAUGCUCUUAAUCAGGCAGAAAAUGAUUUCUUAUAUAUGGUUGAGCAAGAAAUGGAGGAUCGGCCAGAUAUAGUGUCGGUCGGUUCUUGUGUUCUUGUCGGGCUUCUGCAUGGGAAGGAUUUGUAUAUACUCAAUUUAGGUGAUAGUAGAGCAGUUUUAGCAACAGAUGAUGACGAAACUACGAUUGAAGAUUUUAAGGGAUUGAAAGCGGUGCAAUUAACCGAUAGCCAUACAGUCGACAAUGAAUCGGAAAGAAACCAACUAAUUAGCGAAMAUCCUGAUGACCCUAAGACAAUUAUGCAUGGAAAAGUUAAAGGAAAGUUGAAGGUUACUCGAGCAUUUGGAGUUGGUUACCUGAAAAAGAAAGUUCUGAAUGAUGCUUUGAUGGGUAUUCUUAGGGUUCGUAACCUUCAAAGUCCUCCAUACGUCUCCGUACAACCAUCAUUAUACAUGCAUGAAGUAUCAAGCUCUGAUCACUUUGUAAUAUUUGGGAGCGAUGGUUUAUUUGAUUUCUUCACCAAUGAUGAGGCGGUGAAGCUUGUCCAUUCCUACAUAUCAACCAAACCGUCUGGGGAUCCAGCGAAAUAUCUUCUGGAGCAGCUUGUACUCAAAGCCGCUUGUUCUGCAGGUUUCAGUACGGAAGAGCUAAUGAGUGUCCCUGCUGGCCGGAGAAGAAAAUAUCACGAUGAUGUCACUGUCAUCGUUAUAAUCCUAGGUACAAAUAAACGCACUUCAAAGGCCUCAACAUGCAUAUAGUUUGUUCCCAUUAUCAUAGCUGUAGCUAGUGCCGUACAGUUUUGCACUCAACAAUAUUAUUUUGCAUCGUGUAGUCUUAUUCUGUUUCAUUGUUGGGCCAUCGUUAUCUGUAUGGAGUUUGAUACGUUGGUAAAUAUUUGUUAAACGUUACCUAUUUUUUCAUCA